AUGCCGAAACAGGAAAUAUUUCACCUCCAUCCAUUAGGGUGGGAACAAGAUCCUGAGGAAGAGAGGUUCAAGUUCUCAACACUCGAUUAUCUACCGGCGUGUGUAUACAAUAACUACGUCCUGUUCUUUCGACUAGAUGACGGGAAUAAGAGCAAUAUGGUUGCCCUUCUUAAGGCAGGUCUCGAGCGGACUCUUAGCCAGGUAAGACAUCUCUGCGGGACUGUCGAGAAGGACGCAGCAACAGGCAGUCACUCCUUUGUGAAGCGCAGAGAUGGUACUAUUCAGUUCCAUGUGCAAUGGCUCGACUCACCUCAAGAAGAUCUGGGCAACAAUCAAACCUACCCAUCUUUUGAUGAGCUCGAGUCCCAAAACUUCAGCUCCACAGUGUUAGGUGACCUUGGGCUCUGGAGUGUCCCUCCAAUGACACAUGGCAUCAAACCCGAAGCACAUAUUGAUAACAGUCCGGCGGUCUCGAGUUUCAAAGCCAACUUCAUUCGUGGCGGCCUAGUUUUCAACAUUCACGUUCAUCAUUGUUCGAACGACGUCAUGGGCUGGGCCGCUUUCACGCACCAACUUGCUGAGAACUGCCGUGCCAUCCAUGAAGCCAAGACAUCCUUCUCGGCCUGGGAUCCGGCCUGCCUGGACCGGUCGCGGCUGCUGAGAAAGGACGUGCCCGAGGAGGCCAAAGUCGACGGCCCUGCGCCGGGCAGGCCCCAUCCGGACUUGAUGCCGAUUGAGCAACUUCUCUUCCAUCUGCCAAAGAGCAAAGCAGCACGGCUGAAGGCAUUGGCGACACCCAGUGAUGGAACAUCUUGGAUCUCGACCUUUGACGCCUUCUCCGCCUUCAUCUGGCGCACCCUGCUUCGGCUGCGCAUGGAAAACUUCAAAGCCGAUCCUUCAACGACCGUGCUCUGGAUGGCUCCUGUCGACAUGCGCAAGCGUCUGCACGACCCGCCGUGCCCGCCGCGAACACAGGGCAAUGUAUUCAGCCUUGUUCGGGCCACGGCAACGGCAGGUUUCGUCACGGAGGGCCCGCUCUCCGAGGUGGCCUCCUUCAUCCGGCGACUUAUCAACGGUGCGAGCCAGGAGGAGCUCGACAAGCGCCUUGAUAUGGUGGCAACUAUCCGUGAUAAGACAAAUUUGUUCCUGCGCGCCGAUACUCUGGCGCCCCUGACGCUGCUCGUGACAGACUGGCGGGCCACCAACAUUGCCGCCGCCGACUUUGGCCUUGCCUCGCCUACGGCGUUCCGUCACGUCUCCGACAAUGUCACACGCUGUGUGGUGCAGGUGUACCCGCCGCGUGCUGCGUUGCCAGAGUCAGAUGAGGGCUGUGAAUUUGCCAUUGUCUAUGAAAAGAGCCUCGCAAAGGAGCUGAUUGAAGACCCCGAAUGGAGCGAGUACUUUGAGUACCGGGGAAUCGUAUAA